GAAAACAAAAGGGUCAUACGUUAGCUGAUCGUAGAAAGUGAACAUUUCUGACAUUUUGGAUAAACAUUUUUACUGUGCAGAAAAAAAAAUUCAAAGCAGUUGAGUCUGUCAGUUUUAGAUAAGUGUAUUUUUUCACACGACCUGGUUGACCUACCGUAUGGUUGCAUUGUCGAUUAUUUUUUUGAUUCUGUAGAAGACAAAAACGCUUUUUGCGGAAACGGCCGGUGUUUUCAGGGAAUGUACUAAGGCGUACAGGCAUUUUCGCGCGGCGUCAUGAUCCAAGUCCGCGACGACUCGGAUGAUGGCUCAGAUUUUGAAACCGCUCCACCAGCGGAAUACAAGGGAAAUGUGUUUGACCAGGCGCUCACAGCAGCUGAAUUCAAUGACACGGAACACCUGAAAAAAUUAAUAGCGCAGGAGCCAGCUGUCGUGUGCGCCCGAGAUUCAGACCGGUACACCCCCCUUCAUCGCGCCAGCUAUAGUGGGCAUCUAGAAAGUGUUAAAUUGCUCUUAGAUAACGGUGCUGACCACAAGGCGUGUACUCUUGAGGGAUGGCAACCGCUACACUGUGCCGCUAGAUGGGGUAACUACGAGAUUGCCCACGCUCUUAUUGCUGCCGGAGCCGAUAUCAACGCAACUUCGAAUGGAGGCAUGACCCCGUUGCAUCUCGCUGCAAAUGAAAAGAACGGUCGUAAGACAGUAGAGCUUCUGCUAUGGCAGAGUUCGAUAGACGCGCAAAAGGCAAACCGCGCUGGCGACCUGCCAAAAUUUCUCGCCAGGAGAAAGGGAAACUUUAGUGAGCUAUUUGAAAUGGUCGAACCAUCAGUCAGUUCUUUACACUUGGAAGUGGUUAAACGAUGUGAUAAUAGAGAGUAGCCUUUUGGAUUAUGCAAUUAAAUAUAAUUUCAAAUCUGUAUUAUAAUGAGAAGAAAUCUGUAUAAUAUGUACCAGUAGUACAAUCGCACAACUUUAAUAAACCGUAUAUUUGUACAAAAUGUAUCCUUAAUCAUAUGAAUGAUAGAGCUGUGUAUUCUAAACUCCUAAUUUAAAAUUUGCUAUGCAUAGUUUACAACUGUAUCUAUUCUAAACAGCGUCAAAGAACAUAUUUUUCCUUGAGCUUGUUUUUUUUCAAGAUUUGAUCUUUUUCACGUUCACAUUUUAGAUGGUUUGUCUUUUCCAUCGGAGACUUUUUAGCUGCCUAUUACUGGUAAACUUCUACAUGAGACUGCUUAAAGUGGAUUCCUACUUAUAAAUAAACUACCCAAAUAUUAUCAGACCGGAUGGCAAGAGAUUUUUCCCUUGUGUAGUCCGUCGAAAGCUGGGCACUUAAAAAUCCUCAUAACUCUUAGCCAUAUCUAAAAUGAAAUAGAACUUCAUAUAUGUCUAGCAAGGAGCUGUUGCUUUUGGUGUAUCUUUCCAUCUUAAAGUAUGCAAUUACUAUUUGAACACAGUGAACAGACGUGCGUUAAGUUACUAUUAUUCAAAUCCACGAAUUACAUGUGAAGUCCAUGUGCUACUAUCCGGAAAUCCAAGGUUCGAUCCCAGCUGAAGCUUAAUUGGGCUCAAACCCUUAAUUCUCAUUUCGACUGUAAGACCCAAGUUCAUAAUUUCGGUUCAUGUACAAUUACGUUUCAUUAAUAUGGAUAUCAUUCUUCUCCACGCGUAAUAUACGCAAAAUCGCUUUUUUUGUCAAGGUAUUUACUUGCUCAUCGUGGGGCAUCGGCAACGAGAAGUUACAUCCCUUUCAAAUAAGAACGGCUUUAUGUAGUUGAGAUCAAAUAACUUCAGUUGCGUCAUGUUUUUU